AUGUCUCUCAACUCGCUUCCAGCUGAGAUACUUCAGCAAAUUGGGGAAUAUAUCACAUCACUCUCGACUCUAAACGCCAUAUCCCGCGCCAACUGCCGCUUUCAUUUGAUAUUCGAUCCGCUGCUCUAUGCACAGGAUGCCCAGCGGACGCGCGGCCAGUCUGCUAGCGCCGGAGGAGGUGCGGCUGCAGUCCGCUGGGCGGCCCAAUAUGGCCUGAUGCGAACGAUGCAGAAAUCUCUCGAGGGCGGGUCUGAGAUUCCUUCGCGGGGCCCCUGGAUGCACGUCGUCCAUGAGCCUGCGGGACGGACUGUUUACGGGGUGAGAGUUGACUGGCGGUUUCGAGACCCGGUGCCACCGCCGCAUCCGCUGUGCCUGGCGGCUCAGGGUGGGCAUGUGGAUAUCAUCGAGUUUCUUUUGGAUGUGAAAGGGUGCGAUGUCAAUGUGACUGAUCAGCGGGGGUUGUCGCUGCUCGAGAUAGCCGUUGUACAUGGGCACGUACAGCUUGCGGAGGGGUUGCUUCGCAGGGGCGCGAAUCAGCUGUCGGGGCGGCAGCUUACUGGAAGCCUAGCAAAGGUCGUUAGUUCCCCGAUGCAGCUCGCAGUGCUCCUUGGGAAAUUGGAUAUGAUGCGCCUUCUCUGGGAGGAUGCAUUUGAGUGUGCGAUCACGAAGCGAAAUAUGGAGGCUAUAUACGCUCUACUCAGCUACGGGGUGCGUGUGAAUAUAGGAGGGCCACACAGGAAUUCGACGGGGCCGCUAGAAUUGGCGGCCAGAAUUGGGGACGUGGAGCUCGUAGAGUUGUUCCUGAGUGCAGGGGCGCGCCCUCGCUAUGCUGUAUCUGACACGGAGUGUGCGCUGGUGCAGGCAGUGAUGAGAAGGGACGAAAAAAUCGCGAGCCUUGUCAUCAGCGAUAGUACCUGUAUGCAGAAAACGAUAGCUCUGACGUUAGCCGCGUCGCAGGAGGAUAGGCAACUUGCUAGGUUUCUCUUAGCGCGUGGAACGCAUCCGGACUUCGAUGACUUAGAGUACUCUGACGUACAUUGUCCUAAGGGUUACGCGGAUACUUGGCACUUUGCUUCACCUCUUGCUCAUACGGUGAAUGAGGGCCACGCGCAUUUGGUGCAGCUGCUAGUAGAGAGCGGCGCAGAUGUGAAUGUUCCUUUCGAGGGCUUUGAGAAGAGCAAGUCGUCUAGACAGACAGGUUCAGUGCUUCAGCUCGCGAUGGAGUUGGGCAAUAGAGAUAUUGUGUCGUUUCUUCGCGAGAAUGGGGCACAGGAAGAGGUUGAAAGCUACGAAUAUAGAAGCAACAGGCUGUGGUGGGAGGAAAACGACUCGCCAAACGCAAACGAGAUCAGAAUAAAGAGAUUGCGGAGACAUAUGGGAGUCAACAGUUGUACGGGCUCUAUAUCAAGCUAG